AAAACCAAAAACACGCUUUCAUGCCAUUAGCAGUUGUAUCAAUGUUGCAGCAACAAAAAUGUUUAGAAACAUUGGACGAGCAGCAGCAAAAAAAGCAAGCAACAGCGGCAGCUGAAGUAGGCAGCCCGCAGCGUCUAAACGCAGAAACACGGCUUACAAACGCUUUCAACGCCACUUGUAAAGAGGAACAACGCACAGCUUGGCAACAUGUUGCCGCAACAGAACAACAAUCCCAACAGCAAGUUAAUAGUGAGAAAAGCUUGCGCAAAACUACUAAUCUACACCAUGUUGGGAUAACAGAUAAAUGCAUGCUAAAUGCGGCCGCACGCCAACGGACACAUGUGGCCAGCAACAUUACACACACCACGUACACAAACGUAGCAACAUUGGUUGAGCACAUCGAAGCCAAUGUGGCAUUAGGAAAAGUAUUAAAUAAAUCAAAAGAACAAACAGCAACGCUCCAUGUGGCAAACAGCAUUGGCAAUAAAGUGCUUAGCAACAUGUUGCCGCAACAUACAACGCUGGCGCGUUUGAAGACGAAACGUGCGCGCCACCAAAGUGUUGCUGCGGUGCAAAGUGCUGAGAAGCGUGCAAAAAUUGCCAACGCCAAAGCGAAGGCGACAAAAUUAAAUACAACAACAACAACAAUAAUAGCAACAACAAAUAAUCAAAGCACACAAAGUGCAGAAAUGUGCGAAAUGACCGCGCCUACGGGCGAGCCGUCGGUCAAGCAACAACAACAACGCCAACACCAACACCAUAACACCGAAAAGACGAUAGAUUUCAAUAGUCGACGGCGACGCGGACGCCUAAGGGCUGUCAAUGUGCAUAACGCUGUCUGUGGUAAUGGUCUAACGGCCAGCGUAUGUCGGGCGCUGAUGUGGCUUGCCAGAUAUUUGGAAAAGGUCGCGCACAAUCGCGCCAGCGCCGGCUAUGAUCAAAGUGAUCCCUUGCUAUAUUUGUUAUCGGUGUUGUUAUCGUUAAUCGUUGUUAAUGUAAAUAGAGUUGCCAGUUUAGUGAAUGAAUACAAAUGUGAAGUAAAUAGUAAUGCGUUAUUUAAUAAUAAAGCAAAUACCAACAACACCACCAACACACCAAAUACUAACAGCGCUAAAAAUAAUAAAAAUCACAAAAUCAUUACUAAUCAGAGCAUUGAGUUGAUUAGCGAGUCUGGCGGCGCUGUGGACUCGUUGCAAUUGCCGGAAAGUGGCGUCGCCAACGAGGAGAGUGACGAAGAUAAAACCUCCGUAGACGCGCCUGAGUCCGAGUCCGAAUCCAAGUCCGAGUCCGCGCAAGUGGCUAAAGCGAAAAACAAUAACAAGAUAAACGCACAAAAUACAGUUAUGACGCUUGAACGCAACGCGUUGGCGCUCACCGAACGCGUUGGCUUAAUCAACGCAAGAAGUGCAACGAAGCGUGGCAAGUCCAAUUGCGCAGCAAACGCGCGUGCCAGCGCCACAAUAACAACAACAAAAACAGCAGGCGGCACAAGCAAAACAUUUGUGGCCAUGCAAAUGCAGUUACUCUUCUAUGCCUUCAUCUUAUGCACAUCCAUAUUACUUCCAAGCGGCAAUAAUUUGGUGGCCGCAGCCAAGCCGAAAUCCGCUACGCAAUUGCAGCAACAAAAGCUAUUACAACAACAACAGCAGCUAUUACAACAACAACAACAGCAGCAGCAACAACAACAGUAUGAGCAUCAACAUGGUCAUCAGGCUCAUCAACCGGCUGCCGGUCCAAAUGGUGGUUUCGGCAUACCCGUCGCUUCCGGCGGCACGGCUGGUGCCGAUUUGACACCGCCAACCUAUCAGGUCGUUUCAUCGCGCGCAUCCAAUGAGCAGGCGGAAUUCAUAUUCCCCGCUGAUCAAUCAGACGAGCAAGUCUUCGAUCAGGAGAAUUUGAAUGUAGUGGAAUUGGAUGAUGACGACGAUGAUGAGGAGGAGGCGAGCCUGAAGAAAACAUACGGAUUGCAUGACAACGAAACCGCCCAUGCGAAUGUGACGAAAGCGCCGCUCUUCCCCAAGGAUCUCUUCACCAAAGAGCAGCUUGAAAAUGGUGCUGUUAUAUGUCAUAUAAUCGGUGUUAUAUACAUGUUCGUAGCGCUAGCCAUUGUAUGCGAUGAAUUCUUCGUGCCUUCCCUGGAUGUGAUCAUCGAGAAAUUGGAUAUAACAGACGAUGUAGCCGGUGCUACGUUCAUGGCUGCCGGCGGUAGUGCGCCCGAAUUAUUUACCAGUGUCAUUGGCGUAUUCAUCUCGUUCGAUGAUGUUGGCAUUGGUACAAUUGUCGGUUCGGCUGUAUUCAACAUACUCUUCGUCAUCGGUAUGUGUGCGCUAUUCUCCAAAACCAUAUUGGAGUUAACAUGGUGGCCAUUAUUUCGUGACUGCACAUUCUACAGUAUCAGUUUACUGGUAUUAAUAUACUUUUUUCGCGAUAACUUCAUCUAUUGGUGGGAGGCGCUUAUCCUAUUCAGCAUCUAUAUAGCGUAUGUGACCUUCAUGAAGUGGAACGUUCAGGUGGAACGAUUCGUCAAAAGGCUCGUUACGAAAAAUAAGGUGACUCGCGUCAGAAGUACAGAUCAACUUAUGCCAGCAGGCAAUGCGGCGAACUCAUCGGAGACUUCAAUGGCCACACAACCAGGCGGCUCGGUCACAUCGCGUGCCGCAUCRGAGACACGCUCUGGACCGCCGGGAUCGAGCAGCGGCGCUGGCGCAACAGGUAAUAGCAGUGGAACUGCUGGUAGUACACACACCGGUGCAAAAUUCCGUCAUGGCCUAUUGCAGCUUAUGAUACACACAAUAGAUCCGCUACAUGAUG